CAUUCUGUUCUGUUUGAUGUUACAUUGCAUUGUGGAUAUGGUUAAGGGUACGUAAUAUCAAUUAGGAUCAGAAGUGACACUUACUACCAUGCAGGCUGCAUGCUACAACCACAAGGCGUACUGCUAGUUUAGAAACCUGGAAAUGACACUACCCUUAGUAGCCUAUCAUGUCCGAGUGCCAAACGUUUGUGCGUACAGUGAAACGACACAAUUGGUGUCCGUAUAAUGACUGCAGAAACCCAUUUCAUCUAGCUAGUAUUGCUAAUAUUAUGCUAACGCCACUAUAGUAGGCCUAAGCCUCGUCUGUAGAGCAGAAGGGUUUCCAAGUCACCUCUAAUAUUUCAAUCUAGAGACAUCAGACAUAUAAUUUGCCUCGGCAGGCUAGAUGAAUAAUUCCACUUAUACCUACCUGAAGUGUCAUGAGUCCAGGAGUUAAAUUCCUAUUAAACGUUUUCUGGUGAGAUUAGUAGGCCUGACGGCAAACAAUCGAUUAAUCGUUGGUCGACCAAAAAAUUAUUAGCCGACCAAAAUUCCAUUGGUCGCAGGGAAAAAAAGGGCUGAAGGGCUUUUAAUUUGACGGGCAUGAUAAAGGAAGUCGUGACACUAAUUUACUGUUGGUGAUUUUUUUAACACGGGCAGACGGCAUGUCUGGAAGGAGCUCUAAAAUAUGGGAUCAUUUCGAAAAGAACAAAGAUGACCCAAAGAGGGUUACGUGCAGAAUUUGCAAAAAAAACAUUCGCCUUUCAUUCUUCCACGACGAACAUGCUUUACCACCUCAACCAUGCGCAUCCACUUUAUUGCGAUGAGCCAGCCUCCUCCACGGCAUCCUCAUCCUCAUCACUGACUGAGCAAAAGCUCGUAAUGAAACCUUCUCUAUCUGAAAAAAGGAAGAGAGACAUAACUGACAAAAUAGCUGAUUUCAUCGCGCUGGACAUGCGACCUGUGAAUAUCAUCAGUGGUGAGGGAUUUAAAAAUCUAAUUGAAUACCUCGAGCCAGGAUACAGCCUGCCAAGAUGUGACACAGUGAUGCACGCGGUUACGAGCAAAUACAACUCUACAAAACAAACACUUCAGGGCAAGAUCGAAAACUGCAAAGCAGUCAGUUUCACAACGGAUAUAUGGACAUCUAACCAGAUGGAAAGUUACAUGACGGUCACGGCGCAUUUUAUUUCUGAUAACUGGCGACUGCAUUCAUUCGUGCUGGAAACUAAAGUUUUGGAAGUGAGCCAUACAGCUGCUAACAUAGCAGAACGACUCAGUGAAGUAAUGGCAGACUUUAGAAUCCCCGCUGAAAAAAGGGUCGCUCUUGUACAUGACAACGCAGCGAACAUGGUGCUGUGCGCGGAUCAGUUAUCUCAAAACCCGUCCUGGGGUAACGUCCAAGGAGUUCGCUGCGCAGGGCACACUUUGCAGCUGUGCAUCAAUGUGGCUCUUAAAAAAGAUCCCAUUUGCCGAGUUAUAGCAGCUGCCAGACGUCUUGUUGGACAUUUUAAGAAAAGUGCCAAGGCUACAGCAGCUCUUACCCAAAAACAACAGAACGUCGUUGAACACAAACUCAUCCAGGAUGUCUCCACGAGAUGGAACUCUACUCACUGCAUGUUGGAGCGCCUUCUGGAACAGAGGUGGCCGGUCACCGCUGUGCUUUCCAACCCCGUUACCACCCACAGAUCUGACUGCGAUUUGGAUCUCACCACGGCCCAAUGGAGGAUAGCGGAAGACAUAGUCUCGGUGCUGAAGCCGAUGGUCACACUAACCGAGUUGCUUUCACAGGAUGUUAACGCAUCUCUCUCUGCCACGCUGCCCAUGCUUAUAAACAUGAAAAGACGUCACCUGUUGCUGCGCGAGGAUGACGGUGCGGCUGUGACAGCACUGAAGAAAACACUUCGUGAGGAAAUUGACAAGAGGUGGGAGCUAAAAGAGGAGCUACAGUCCAGCAUAUACAUCAAAGCUGCUGUCUUGGACCCACGCUUUAAAAAUUUAUCGUUCAUGGAGGAAGAGAAACGGGACUAGGCAUAUACUACGGUGUCGGACUUGGCUGAGAGUCCAUCUCCAGCAGAAGAGCCUGGCCAGCACGCCAGCAGUGGGGAUGACAACGAACUUGGCCCCGCACCAAAGAAGAAAACGAAAAAGACAGAAAAGUGGGACGAAAUAUCCAUGCUGAUGGGUAUAGAUAAGGAGCAGCAGACAGAGAAGAACAGAGCAGUGAAAUGAAACGGUACUUGGAGGAUAAAACAAAAGUUGAGUCGGGACCACUAUCAUGGUGGCAAAAAAACAAGGAGCGCUACCCGAAGCUGGCCAGAGCAGCCAAGCGUAUUCACUCGAUCCCAUCCACGUCCACACCAUCGGAGCGCAUCUUCUCCAAGGCCGGCUUCAUUGUAAGCAAGAUGCGGAGUUCACUUCUCCCAGACAAUGUGGACAAAUUGGUCUUCCUUUCUCACAAUUUGAGAAAACUCAGAGCCGAGGAGAAAUCACUGAAGAAGUUGAUGGGGUUGUAUCGACUUGGAAUGACCAGAGUCCAUCAAGUCCACAACUCUCGUUCACCUCAUGGACGUCCCUCCAUAUUACAUGCAGUCCCUCAGCUGUACGGAGGCAGAGACUAUUUGCAGAAUGUGGACCUGGAGAAAGUUGAAGUCUGCCUUGAAGAGUGUAUGUUCAAAGACUUUCCAUGUGAUGAGGAUGUGUUUCACAUUUGUGUGGACCUAAUGUCAGAGCAUAAUCUGUCAUUAACAAAUGUGUUUGAAACAGUUAACCUGUAUCUCACACUCAGACAGCUGAUAAACAAUGAUCUUGGUGUAAAUCAUUAAUUUUAUUGGACGCGGUCUUGUCACCUGUUGUAAGAUGAGAUAGUACUGUAUUCAAGCAUCCCGUAACAUCCACAACAAGAUACACAUACACAUGAUGUCAAGGUUGCCAUGGUCGUGGAUACCUCAACAGGCACAGGCCAUUUCAGAGAUAUCUUUUUGUUUUUUCCUUUGCUCAUUUUAUUCACAAUUUGAAAUAUUGCAGUUUAACUGAUUGCCAAUUAAAAUGUUUUUUUUUUUUUUACUUGUAAUACCUGCUUUAAAAGAUGUAGCUUCUUAUUUUCACAUCAAAUGUAUUAGCAGUCAAGUUAUUUUGUUCUACCAUUCAACAUUUGCAAAUAUGAAUAAAAAUGCAAAAUCCUAACAA